AUGGUUAAAGCCGCUGUUCUCGGAGCCUCUGGUGGCAUUGGCCAGCCUCUGUCCCUUCUGCUCAAGACUUCACCUCUCGUGGACGAGCUCGCACUCUACGAUGUCGUCAACACCCCCGGGGUUGCCGCCGACCUCUCUCACAUCUCUUCCGUUGCUAAAAUCUCCGGCUACUUGCCCAAGGACGAUGGCCUCAAGAAUGCUCUAACUGGCACCGAUAUUGUCGUUAUUCCUGCUGGAAUUCCUCGCAAGCCUGGUAUGACCCGUGAUGACCUUUUUAAGAUCAACGCUGGCAUUGUCCGCGAUCUUGUUAAGGGUAUCGCCGAACACAGCCCCAAGGCUUUUGUCCUGAUUAUCUCGAAUCCCGUUAAUUCAACUGUACCAAUUGCCGCCGAGGUUCUCAAAGCCUCCGGCGUCUUUGACGCCACGCGUCUCUUUGGUGUCACCACUCUAGACGUUGUCCGUGCAGAGACCUUCACCCAGGAAUUCUCCGGCCAAAAGGACCCGUCCGCUGUAACAGUCCCUGUUAUUGGUGGUCACUCCGGCGAAACCAUCGUCCCUCUUUUCAGCAAGGUUUCUCCUGCCUUCCAGAUCCCCGCAGACAAGUACGACGCUCUUGUAAACCGCGUCCAGUUUGGUGGCGACGAGGUUGUCAAGGCUAAGGACGGUGCUGGUUCCGCUACCCUAUCCAUGGCUUUUGCUGGUUUCAGAUUUGCCGAAAGUGUGAUCAAGGCCUCGAAGGGCCAGUCGGGCAUUGUCGAGCCCAGCUACGUCUACCUGCCUGGUGUCCCUGGUGGCGCAGACAUCGCCAAUGCCACCGGCGUUGACUUUUUCUCAACCCCCAUCGAGCUUGGACCGAAUGGCGUGCAGAAGGCUAUUAACAUUCUCGACGGUGUCACUGACGUCGAGAAAAAGCUCCUUGAGACCGCUAUCAAGGGUCUCAAGGGCAACAUUGAGAAGGGCGUCGAAUUUGUCAAGAGCCCGCCACCAAAGUAA